AUGAUGCAAACUCCUACAGACAAUAUAGUUUCCCCUUUUCACAAUUUUGGUAGCUCAACGCAAUAUAGUAGUACGUCGUCGAGAACACCUAAUCAAAUUAUAGAGGUAGAGAAGCCCAAUACUCUGUCCCCGUUGUCGAGAGGGAAAAAAUGGACGGAAAAAUUGGCCAGGUUCCAAAGGGGUAGCGGUAGGAAAAAAAGAUUCUCGCCUUCCCCUGCUUCCUCCUCUACAUUUUCAUUCUCACCGAAGUCUAGGGUUACUUCUUCAAAUUCUUCUGGUAAUGAAGAAGAUAAUUUACUAACCACACCUUCGACUGUUUCCACCGAUUAUUUACCACAACACCCCCAUAGAACGUCUUCUUUGCCAAGGCCUAAUUCCAAUCUCUUUUACGCAAGUAAUAGCGAUAUAUCUCGAGCAAAUGAGCCUUUAAGAACGGAAAAUUUAUCAUAUAAUAUGCCACCCAAGGUCGCUCCAUUUGGCUAUCCAAUACCCAGAACUUCAAUUAAAAAGUCUUUUUUGAAUGCCUCCUGUACGUUAUGUGACGAGCCUAUUUCUAGCAGGAGAAAGGGCGAGAAAAUCAUAGAGCUUGCAUGUGGCCACUUAAGUCACCAAGAAUGUCUUAUCAUCUCUUUUGGUACCACUUCAAAGGCAGACAUAGGGGCGCUCUUCCCUUUCUGUACAAAAUGUAAGAAGGAUGCUAACAUAGCCGUUCAAUGCAUUCCAGAAAAUGAUGAACUAAAAGAUAUACUCAUUUCGGAUUUUUUAAUUCAUAAAAUUCCAGAUUCUGAGUUAUCGACCACACCCCUGUCCUGCUUUCCUCUUCCUUCGCCACUCUUGCCUCCUUUUGGUUUAUCGUGUACACCGGUUAAAAGACAAACGAUAUAUUCACAAGCUCCAAGCCUAGGCCCAAAUCUCAUAUUGGCUGCUCCUCCGAAGGAAAGGAAUCAAAUUCCACAAAAGAAUUCAAAAUAUACAUUUUUACAUUCACCCUUGGGACACAGAAGAAUGCCAUCGAGAGCAGACUCUAUCUUCACCUCCACUUCUAUGGUGUCAUCGGCUAAUGAUUUUAUUUCUGCUGUUUCUGAUUCAGUGAAAACAAACGAUAUUGAAACAAAAAUACCGUUGCCGCUGCUAAGAUCAUAUUUUAUUCAAGUUCUUUUAAGCAAUUUCCGAGAAGAAUUGCAGGAUUGGAGGAUAGACGGGGACUAUGGGUUACUACGACUGGUAGACAAAUUGAUGGUUGCUAAAGAUGAUCAGAAAUACCUUCAAAGCUGGUGUUUCUUAUUUGAAAACGCAUUUGUAAUAGCAGAAGUGGAUAACGAUGCUGAUGUUUUGGAAAUUAGACUAAAAAAUUUAGAAAUAUUUACACCAAUCACCAACUUGAAAAUGACCACACUCGAAGCUUCAGUCCUUAAAUGCACUUUAAACAAGCAAGACUGCACUGAUUUAUCAGACCUUUACAUUGUUCAAAAUAUAAAUUCUGAUGAAAGUACAACAGUACAGAAAUGGAUUUCAGGUCUUCUGAAUCAGGAUUUUGUAUUUAAUGAGGACAAUAUCACCUCCACGCUGCCUGUUCUUCCGAUCAUAAAGAAUCUUUCAGAUGAUGCAGAUAAUGGCAGCUAUGAGACGAGUACCUUUCUAGGUUUAAUUAAUCCUAAUAAAGUUGUUGAAGUUGGAAAUGUGUACGACAAUGAUACAGUAAUCAUUAGGAGAGGUUUUACAUUAGAUUCAGUAGAUUGUUCUAGGCACAGUACUGUCGACAGCAUGCAAUCUGUUUUAACUACAAUAAGCUCGAUUCUUUCCCUAAAACGAGAAAAACCUGAUAAUUUGGUAAUAAUCUUGCAGGUUGAUUUUACGAAACUGAAGGAAGAAGAAAGUUUAAUCGUUAUUUAUAACAGCUUAAAAGCUCUAACUAUUAAAUUUGCACGUCUGCAGUUUUGUUUCGUUGAUCGAAAUAACCAUGUUCUGGACUACGGACCAGUAUUAAACAGGAUAGAUUCACUAAGUUUCGUUUCAAAUCUCAAGUUAAAGCGCCCCUUGUUACAAUUUUCUCCCAUCUGGUUGAAAGAUACUUUAUAUCCCGAAAAGAUUCACGAGCAUUUGGGUAUUGUUGCUGUAUCAAAUAGUAAUAUGGAAGAAAACAAAUCCGUAUUAUUCCAAGAUUACAGAUGCUUUACAAGUUUUGGAAGAAGAAGGCCUAAUGAGUUGAAGAUUAAGGUGGGCUAUUUGAACGUAGACUACAGUGAUAAAAUUAAUGAAUUAGUUGAAGCCAGCUCCUGGACUCUUGUUUUAGAAACUCUCUGCUACAGUUUCGGUCUAAGUUUUGAUGAAGAUGACGACGAUGAUGAAGAGGAUCAUGAUGACUCGACCGAUAAUGAGCUCGAUAGUAGUUCAAGAUCACUAUCAGAUGCAGAAUCUACAACUACUAUUCAUAUCCACUCCCCAGUUGGUCCUGAAAAUGUCACCGCAAAUAUGGUGAAUGAGGGAAACCCUCAUACCGGGGAUGGACAUCGCGAUAUAAAAAGCUUAGAAACUGUUGGUUCUACAACGCAGUCACCUCUGAUCCCUGACAUUAGGUUUUCACUUUAUUCUGAUGAGGAAAGUACUAAUGAAGAUGAAAAUGGUAUUUCGGUACUGUUACCCAGUGACGUGGACAAAGGAAUCGAUGAAAUAACAAGACGUGGUUCAUUAUCAAGCUUUAUUGAGAGCAGUAAUGAAAGCUGUCCACUCCACAUGGAUUAUAUUUAG